UUUCCUCUCACUCCCUCGCUCUCGUCCUACAUGAGCCGCGCGCACAACCUGACUCGAAACUCCACACCAUUCACUCUGCAACACAGACGGACCCAAAAGACUCGCACUCUGCUCUCCUCCACUGGAUAUUCCUCCAUGGGUGCUUCUUUUUUUUCUUCUUCUUCUUUUUGAAUUUUUGUGAAUGGGUAUCUGUGUCUAGAGCGAGGAGCUUUGUGAAUGGACUGACUGACAGACACAGACGAGGAAACAGAGCUGUGCUUCAAUUAAACAGAGCGAUGCUGAGAGGUCAAGUGAGGAGCAGCGGAGCCUCUUAGUAGUCUGGAAAUACAAAGGCACGUGAGGGGAAUCGUGACGCUGAAAGGAAAGAAACCGAAGGAGGACAAUGGUUCAUCACAGAGAAGAGGACCUGAUUGGGAUCCCUUUCCCAAAUCACAGCAGCGACGUCCUCUGCAGCCUCAACGAGCAGCGCCGUGACGGGCUGCUCUGCGAUGUCGUCCUCAUUGUGCGGGACCAGGAGUACCGUACCCACCGCUCCGUUCUGGCCGCUUGCAGCCAGUACUUCAAGAAACUCUUCACGGUGGCCACCACAGACAGUGGGGACCCCCAUCACGCCGCGGCCGCCGUUUAUGAAAUUGACUUUGUGGCUCCAGAGUCUCUGACUGCCAUCCUGGAGUUCGCCUACACCUCCACGCUGACGGUGACGGCGUCCAACGUCAAAGAGAUUCUGACCGCAGCACAGAUGCUGGAGAUUCCCUGCAUCAUCAACGUCUGCCUGGAGAUCAUGGACAGCGGCGGCGGAGGAGACGGAGGAGGGAGAGAAGAGGAAGGGGAGGAGGAGGAAGAGGAGGAGGAAGAUGAGGAGGACGACGAUGAGGAGGAGGAAGAGGAGGAUGCGGGGUCAAGGAAGGAUGAGCAGGAUGAGGAGGACAAUGUCAGCGAGAGGUCGCUGCAGUCGUUGGAGAGCAGAGGGGAGCGGACGCCUCCAGGAAGGGAGGAUUCAUCGCCUCCGAGCACGUCAACGUUCCAACGACACUUUGAGGCGCACAGCGAGCCGUCCCAGUCCCAGUCUCCAGACUCCUUCAGAGCCAAACAGGAGUGUAUGGAGAGUCGGGCUCUGAAGGAUUUCUCCAUCGAGUCUCUCCUCCAGGAGGGGCUGUACCCCCGCAUGUCAACACUGGACAGGAGAGCCAACUUCUCCCCUCUCAUCCCAAGCUUCUACCCUUCCAUGUGGGCAGCCGAGUUCCCAGCCUUCCCCCAGCAGCUGCUGACCCCCACACAUCCCCACGCAGCAGCCUCGCCACAAGCCAGGCACCCUCACACCUUCCCCACGUCUGUGCCUCUCGAGCCCUCCAGACCCCUCAAUCUCGCUGUGAAAAGAGAAACCAUAAAAGAGGAAAUGAAAGAGGAAGUCCCACCCAGUCUCCUCCAAGGUGACUUCCUGAAAGACUUUGUCAGUUCUGGCCUGGGCAGCACCAUGAGUGCUGGAUCAGCUGGCUCCGAGGAUCACUCUAUGGCUCCGAUUAAGGAUGAAACGGACAUCCGGUCGUACCUGAGCUUCCUGAGCUCGGCCUCCCACCUGGGUGCGCUGUUCCCCUCCUGGCAGCUGGCGGAGGAAAGGAAGAUGAAGCCUAAAGCUUCGCAGCAGUGUCCCAUCUGCAACAAAGUCAUCCAAGGAGCCGGGAAGCUGCCGCGUCACAUGAGGACACAUACAGGAGAGAAACCUUACAUGUGCACAAUCUGUGAGGUGCGAUUCACAAGGCAAGACAAACUCAAGAUCCACAUGAGGAAGCACACAGGUGAGCGCCCCUACAUCUGCCUUCACUGCAACUCCAAGUUCGUCCACAACUAUGACCUGAAGAACCACCUGCGUAUUCACACGGGUGUCCGUCCGUACCAGUGCGAGCACUGCUACAAAAGCUUCACGCGCUCCGACCACCUACAUCGGCACAUCAAACGGCAGAGCUGCCGCAUCUCCCGCCCCCGGAGAGGACGAAAGCCGGCUGCUUGGCGCUCCGCACCUGCCAGCAACUUCUUGUGCCCUCCUGCUGUUGCAGCCAACCGCUUGGAGGAGAAGAGCUUAAGACCUGCAUACCACGGGGUCAAGGGUCAGGGACUCGGGGAGUUGCUCGGCCUCGGCAGCAGGAGCCUGGGAUUUAAGAGCAUGAACGGUUCGAGCAGGGAGGAACUGCAGGCAGAAGGGAACCACGUCUCAGAGGAGGAAAAGGCCGGAGCAGGGAGGCAGAGGGGAGUGUUUGCCUUCGCCCUAGCUGGAGAAGAAUUGCUUACCCACUCUCCGUUUUAUGCUGCAACCUCUGACCCUUGGACCAUGAGACUGGAGCGGGCUCCACCCAUCCCUGAAUCAGCCAAAUGAACUCUGUAAAAAAAAAAGGACAAGAAAAUCUCACAUCUGUCCCAGGAAGUUAAAGCACCUUUAGUAAAAGUGAAAGAGUGAUACUGAUGAACCUUAAAAAGCCUGCUGAUGUGGCUGUGGGGAACGCAGAUGAUUUUAAACACACGGUCAAGUUAAAAAAGAAAAGAAUGUUUACAGAUUUAAAAGAAAAACAUUUCAGAGGUGAACAGUUCGACAAUCGCUAUGAUAAAACGAUGGGACAGAGCUUUAUAACUUCAGUUGUAUUAUUUUGUCUUUGAGGCUGUUCUGUAAUUUCCCUUUGGGAUCAAUAAAGUAUUUUUAAAUUUGAAUUGAAUUGUACAAUGAGUUUUAAAUCCUUUAAGACAAGGCCAUAAAUUAAAAAGAAUAAAAUCCAUAUUCAAUAAAAAAUAGCAGAAUAGUCUUAUCUAAAUUUUUUAAGAAAAAGUAUUGGGAAGGGUAUUUUUACACUUUUGUUUCGUAUUCAAUUAGAUGUGCAACAGAAGAUUUGAAAAAAAAAAACCUUUUUAAUGUGUGUUCAAUGAAGCUGAUUAUUUGUUAUUUUACAAAAAAUAAAUGGAUGCCAAAAGUGAAAAGCACUUGAAGUCUGAAUCAGGAUAUUUUUCAUGAUGUUCUACCUUCCACUGCCUUGUUCAUUUUUGAGCUCCUCAUCUGCACUAUUGUACAGAAAACUUUUGACUGUGGUGAUGUCAGUUACGGUGAUAUGGCUGAUGAUGUAAAAUAUAAAAUCUAUAAUUAUACAUACAUAUAUAUAUAUAUUGCUCUUUAAAGACUUCGAGAAAUCCACCCAAAGAUGAGUACUUUGAUAUUUCACAGACUUGAAUACAACUUUGUUUUAAUAUUUCAAAGCUCAUGUCUUCAGAAGAUGUAUAUUUCUGACUAAUCAAAAGCCGCUUUAGCUACAAAGUAUGCUUGUGGGGUUUUUUUAUUAUUGUUUUUUUUUUUCCUGUGCAACAAAUCAACAGGGCUUCAGCCUCAUUUUUUUCUUACAAUGUUCAUGUCUAAUUUGUGCAUAAAUAAGUGCUAAAACUAUUUGAAUUGUUACGGGAAAGUAUUUUCUUGUUAUUUAUGUGUAUUUAAAUGGAUGAGCCUUGGCUAUAUUUUGCAAAUCUGUUUUAUAAAGACACUAAAUGUUGAACUUUA